UGGCCCGCUGCGGCGCUCGGGAAGGCCCCGGCAGGCGCCUGCAAGUGCCCCGCGCGGCUGGGCAGCGGCUCGGAGAGCCCAGCGGGCCGCGGCGAGGGGCGCGUAGAGCGGCGGGCCGCGGGGGCGGGCGCGGGCGUGGCUGCCGGGAGCUCAGGCGGGGCGCGGCGCCGGCGGGCGGGGCUGCCCGGCGCGGGUGUCCCGGCGAUGUGUGGCGCUGAAGCGGCAGCGGGAGCAGCGGCGGCGGCAGUCUCGGCGUCGGCUUCGCGGCGGUGCCGGCGGCGGAGGCGGAGGCGUAGGCUCCUCCCGAGGACCUGGCGAGCGCGGGCCUAGGCGGCGGCCCGGCGAGGCCCCUGCACCGCGCUCGGGCUCGGGGCCCUCUCCGCCUCGCCCUGCCGCGGGAGCCUGCGUCCCCGGCCGGGGAUGAGGCCGGGAAGCAGCCGCGCAGGGCCCAGCACAAAGGCCUGUCCCCAGGGGCCGGCACCGCCACUGCCGCCGCCGCCAGCCUAGAGCCGCCUGCCGCUGCCGAGCCGGCGCCGGGGUCCUCAUCCCCGCCGGUCCCCGGGGCCGGCUGCCGCCCCCCUCCCCGAGGCCCAGGGGCCCGGGCGCCGAGCCCCGUGCUCCCUUCGCCGCGGUGGGCCCGGACCGCUGCGCAGCCUCCGCCGCUCCCGGCCGUAGGGGCCCCACGGAGCAUGUCGGAGAGCGACAUGGAGAAAGCCAUCAAGUGCCGCCAGCAGUUGCUUCCGGAUGAUCCGCUUGCUGCAACAGCACUUGGAGACUUGGACUUUACCCAUCCCUCCGAUUUGUUUGAAACUAGCCUCUUGGAAAUCUGCAGUUUCAGAAGGAGGAAACCUCCAUUUUAGAGGAAUAUAAUAUCAACUGGACUCAGAAACUGGGAGCUGGAAUUAGUGGUCCAGUUAGAGUCUGUGUGAAGAAUUCUACCCAAGAACGGUUUGCACUGAAAAUUCUUUUUGAUCGUCCAAAAGCUAGAAAUGAGGUACGCCUGCACAUGAUGUGUGCCACACACCCAAACAUAGUUCAAAUUAUUGAAGUGUUUGCUAACAGUGUACAGUUUCCUCAUGAGUCCAGCCCCAGGGCUCGACUCUUAAUUGUAAUGGAGAUGAUGGAAGGGGGAGAGCUAUUUCACAGAAUCAGCCAGCACCGGCACUUUACAGAGAAGCAAGCCAGCCAAGUAACAAAGCAGAUAGCUCUGGCUCUACAACACUGUCACUUGUUAAACAUCGCGCACAGAGACCUCAAGCCUGAGAAUCUGCUCUUCAAGGAUAACUCUUUGGAUGCCCCAGUGAAGUUGUGUGAUUUUGGAUUUGCCAAAAUUGACCAAGGUGACUUGAUGACACCCCAGUUCACCCCUUAUUAUGUAGCACCUCAGGUACUAGAGGCACAGAGAAGGCAUCAAAAGGAGAAAUUUGGCAUCAUACCUACCUCACCGACACCCUACACUUACAACAAGAGCUGUGACUUGUGGUCCUUAGGAGUGAUUAUCUACGUGAUGUUGUGUGGAUAUCCUCCUUUCUACUCCAAACAUCACAGUCGGACUAUCCCAAAGGACAUGCGGAGAAAGAUCAUGACCGGCAGUUUUGAGUUCCCAGAGGAAGAGUGGAGCCAGAUCUCAGAGAUGGCCAAAGAUGUUGUGAGGAAGCUCUUGAAGGUCAAACCAGAGGAAAGACUCACCAUUGAGGGAGUGUUGGACCACCCCUGGCUAAACUCGACUGAGGCUCUGGAUAAUGUUCUACCCUCUGCUCAAGUGAUGAUGGAUAAGGCGGUGGUUGCAGGAAUCCAGCAGGCUCAUGCGGAACAGUUGGCCAACAUGCGAAUCCAGGAUCCGAAAGUCAGCCUCAAACCCUUGCAUUCUGUGAACAACCCUAUUCUGAGGAAGAGGAAAUUACUUGGCACCAAGCCAAAGGAUGGUGUUUAUAUCCACGACAGUGAAAAUGGAACCGAGGACUCAAAUGUUGCCUUGGAAAAGCUCCGAGAUGUGAUUGCUCAAUGUAUUCUCCCCCAGGCUGGUAAAGGCGAGAAUGAAGAUGAAAAGCUGAAUGAAGUAAUGCAAGAGGCUUGGAAGUAUAACCGGGAAUGCAAACUCCUGAGAGAUACUCUGCAAAGCUUCAGCUGGAAUGGUCGUGGAUUCACAGAUAAAGUAGAUCGACUAAAACUGGCAGAAAUUGUGAAGCAAGUGAUAGAGGAACAAACCAUGUCCCAUGAAUCCCAAUAAUGACAGCUUCAAACUUUGUUUUUUUACAACCUGAAAAACUAUUCUUCAAUGUAAAAAGUAAUUUUUAUGUAAAUUAAUAAAUCAUAAUUUCAUUUUCACAUUGCUUAAAGAUAAUGUAUAGAUUUAGAUAUGGUAUUUACUAAUAGAAUAGUUCAUUUGUUUGUUUUUAAGAAAACUUAGUUCCUAGAGAUAUACAUUAUUUUAGGACUGCUUAGUCAUGUUUAUAAAAUGACAGAUAUAUCAAGCAAGAUUGUUUUAUUUGUAAUAAAGUAUAUAAAAACCACUUGUUAGCGAUAGACAAAGGACCAACUAUACUGAUCUUUCUGCUUAGUAAACGGUUGAAUCAAA